ACUUGGAAAAACAGCUGCCCCGUUGACCAUCAUACACAUCGCAGUGCAUGCAAUGUAAACAUCACAGCUAUUGAUAAACUGGAUAUCUGCAGCAGCUAUUACUGAUCUCUACCCAGUCAGAGAAAUGAAGUUCGUCAGGUUUAUAAUGAAGAAUGCUGCGCUGGCCAAUGUGCCUCAUCACAUCGAACACUUCUCCAAAUUUUCACCUUCUCCACUUUCAAUGAAACAGUUUCUUGAUUUUGGCUCUACCAAUGCAUGCGAGAAAACUUCUUUUGUUUUCCUGAGGCAAGAGUUGCCCGUUCGUCUGUCAAACAUCAUGAAAGAAAUCAACUUGCUCCCCAAAAGACUACUUACCACACCUUCUGUACAAAUGGUGCAUAGCUGGUAUAUUCAGAGUUUGAUGGAGAUCUUGGAAUUCUUGGAGAAAAGUCCAGAUGACCACAGUAUAUUAGAAGAGUUUGUCGCUGCUCUGGUCAACAUCCGCAACAGACACAAUGAUGUUGUACCCACCAUGGCCCAGGGCGUGAUUGAAUAUAAAGAGGUAUUUGGUCAAGAUCCAGUCACUAAUCAGAAUAUCCAGUAUUUCCUGGACCGUUUCUAUUUGAGCCGGAUAUCCAUCCGAAUGCUAAUCAACCAGCACACUCUUGUAUUUGAUGGUGCCACAAAUCCAGUUCACCCCAAUACCAUUGGCAGUAUAGACCCUCACUGUCAAGUGGCAGACGUUGUUAAAGAUGCAUAUGAAAGUGCCAGGAUGCUUUGUGAUCAAUACUACCUCAACUCACCUGACCUGGACCUUCAGGAACUCAACACUAAUAAUAGGAACCAGCCUAUUAGCAUAGUGUAUGUGCCUUCCCAUCUGUACCAUAUAUUGUUUGAACUGUUCAAGAAUGCAAUGAGAGCGACUAUUGAGAGCCAUAAAGAAGGCAGUAAUCUUCCAGCCAUUCAAGUCAUGGUGGCUGUAGGAGGAGAAGACCUCACUAUAAAGAUGAGUGACCGUGGUGGUGGAGUUCCUUUCAGGAAGAUGGAGAAUCUCUUCAGUUACAUGUACUCCACAGCACCAACACCACAGAUGGAUGAGAAGCAAAGGGCUCCUCUGGCUGGGUUUGGUUAUGGUUUGCCCAUUUCUCGACUCUAUGCCAAGUAUUUUCAGGGUGACCUCCAGCUCUACUCUAUGGAGGGCCAUGGCACUGAUGCAGUCAUUCACCUCAAGGCUUUAUCCACCGACUCUGUUGAGAGACUCCCAGUGUUUAAUAAGACGGCUCGACGAAAUUAUGAAGUCACGCAGGGGGCAGAUGACUGGUGUGUACCCAGUCGAGAGCCUUUGGACCUGGCUGUGUUCAAACUGGCCAAAUGAAGAGCCUCCAGGAAGGAUACAAAACCCUUCAAGAGCGACUGACAUGAGUGAGUGGUGAUGGACACGAUGUUCUCAUGGCCGAAGCUUAAUUUUCCACUCACUGUGAAGCGGCGUACUCUUUCAGCAAUACUCUAGAUGUCGCAUGCGAUGGUUUUUUUCUAUGCACCAUGAUUGUAUCGUUUGUUUUCUUGGUUUGAGAAACUACUGUAGGCUUUGUCACAGCGUUACACGCAGACCAUACUAACCCUCAUGAAGCGGAACAACAAAGUGCCAGCUUAAUGCACUCCACUGACCUGACUGAGUGUUAAGUGGAGGUUCCAGUGUGGAGAAGGGAGCCAAAUGGACAGGUUUUGGGUUAAAGGACCGUUUAGAUUAGAUAUUGGAACUUGUUUGUUUCAAGGAACUAAAGAGUACAUGAAAUCAGAGGCCCUGUCAAUAGCCAGUAUUAAAAUGCAGUUUUGUUAAUUCUGAUCACAAGUAGGGGAUACUUAGGUGUUUUACAAUACUGGAGCCAAAUCGAUACUUUUAAAACUUUGCAUUUAAAAAACAAAGACCAAGCAAACAGUGCUGAAGACAGAUGACAUUCAAAAAUGGUCUUUUUAUUGAAAAAAAGAUCAAUUAUAACAAUUUAUUAAGUUUAAAAUAUAGUUGUUACUAUAAAACUAUUAGCAACUACAAAACUCAGCAGAUUUAUAUGAAUUCACAUUAAAACCUAAGUCACCUAACUAAUAUUGUAACCCGUAAAAACAAAGUAAUCAGUAUUCUGGGUAUGAUACGAAUCAAGUUUCACCCAUUCUUCUUCUAGACUAGGAAUAUGACCAUAUUUUGACCAUAUUAUUUUAUAUAUUUUCCUCCUCCGACUUACUGCAUGUCCUGACCUAAUAUGAUCUAAUUUAAACCAAUCACAAAUGCAGUAUAGCUAUAUAUAAAUAUCACUUUUUAUAGUAGCUGAUAUCCAUUAUUCUCUUUGCGCAUACACUUGUCAGCUCAUUAUUUAUGGUUAUUGCAGCCCGGUCACAUAAAGAAACGUAACUAUUUGGUCAUAUUCAUGUAAAUUCUUAUGAUUUAAUUCAUAUGAAAAUGCAAUGGUUUUAAAAGAACACGUGCAUCCCAUUUUCAACAAAAUUGCAUCUUAAUACCAUGUGUAAACACUACCAGUGGUACAGUAGGAAAGGGCCAAGAUGAGGAAAUAAGAGUCAAUAUGCAACCACAGAUGGAUCAUUUAUAUAAAAGUACACUUGAAAACAUGUUGCACAGACUUGGUAAUGUUGAAAUCAAGGAACACUUGUAAUUCAGUGACUUUGACUGCUAAGAUAGUAGUUUCCAUACUCAGCCAAAAGGUGAAAGAAAGAUGAUCAGAGGCCAUAUUUAAGGCUGCAUUUUCUUUGUGGCCAAAUGUAAUCAAUGGUAUUUCUCUUAUAGGGACAGUUCACCCAGAAAAUGAGAGUUCUGUUAUUAUUUUUUGACCCUUUACUUGUUUCAAGCCUAUACAGUAUGAGUUUAAAAGACAGUAUUAAUGAUAUUAUUUUAAUAAUGGCUAAAACCGAUGUGUUUCCACACUGUAAAAUGGUAUUCAAAAAGUAAGUUAGCCUAUUGCCUUAAAAUCAAUAUGUUGUCUACUUUUAAAAAGUGAGUAACUUGUUGAACUUGUAUUUGUUAAGUUGGCUUAACUUAAUUUUUUAGAAUUAUGCUCAUUAUGAAUUUUACUAAUAAUUUUAGAGCAAAAAAUCACUUUUUACAGAGCAAUAUUUUUCAGAAUGUUUUACAGUUUGUUCAGCACUGGAAAAAAAAGUCAUAUACAGGUUUGGAACAACUGUAGAGAGAGUAAAUGUAAGAGCUUUUUUAUUUUUUGGUGAACUAUCUCAUUAAACAAAAUGUGUUCAGAUCCGGAUUGAAUGUACUGUACAAAUAAUCUCAUUGAUGUAAACUUGAAACACUUUUAACUUAUGCACGGAGCAUUUCAAACAGUUUUAGAUGCUUUAAUGUUUAUUCUUAAACAUGCUGAAGUAUUUUAGAUACCUCAUUGACUGAAGUUAGCUUGUGCACUCAGAGAUCUUUGCGUCCUUCGGUUUUGCAGGCCUUCGGUUGCUAGUUUCUUCAAAUAGCACACAGUGUGAAAUUAGAGCUGCUAAUUUUAAGCCUUCUCCAUGGAGAGCAUGCCUACUGUAUUAAAUCAACCAUCAGCUUUCAGCUUGCACCACACAACCUUACAUGUAAGGACCAUAUUUUGUGUAUAUAUUUAUUUGUGUUAUUGUCGUGUUAUUCCUGAAAAAAAAAAUCUAAAUCUUAUUUUUGUAAAAAGUUUUCCAUACAAACUAAAUGAUGUCUAUAUAAAGAGAAAUAAACACAUUUUUUUGUGUCAAGUUUA